GCGAAGGCGCGGACUCCUUUCUGUGGCGGAGGGAUCCCGGCGGAGGCGGCCGCAGCCGGAGCCGCUGCCUGAGAGUUGUUGUUUCCUCCUCCUCCUCCUCCGCCUCCGCCGCCGUUGCUUGAAUGGUGGAGCCGAGGCUCGGCUCGUGAGCACACACUGACAGCUACAGGGCAGGCGGCGGCGCCGUCCCCGCUUCCCCUCGGCGGCGGGGUGUCCCGCCGGCGGCCCCGAAGUGACCCGCAAACAUGUCUCGUGAGAGGAAAGGCCUCUCGGAGCUGCGAUCGGAGCUCUACUUCCUCAUCGCCCGGUUCCUGGAAGAUGGACCCUGUCAGCAGGCGGCUCAGGUGCUGAUCCGCGAAGUGGCCGAGAAGGAGCUGCUGCCCCGGCGCACCGACUGGACCGGGAAGGAGCACCCCAGGACCUACCAGAAUCUGGUGAAGUAUUACAGACACCUUGCACCUGAUCACUUGCUGCAAAUCUGUCAUCGACUGGGACCGCUUCUUGAACAAGAAAUCCCUCAGAGUGUUCCUGGAGUACAAACUUUAUUAGGAGCUGGAAGACAGUCCUUGCUACGUACAAAUAAAAGCUGCAAGCAUGUAGUAUGGAAAGGAUCUGCUCUGGCUGCACUACACUGUGGAAGGCCCCCAGAGUCUCCAGUUAACUAUGGCAGCCCGCCUAGCAUUGCGGAUACUCUGUUUUCAAGGAAGCUGAACGGGAAGUACAGACUUGAGCGCCUCGUUCCAACUGCAGUGUACCAGCACAUGAAGAUGCACAAAAGAAUUCUUGGACACUUAUCAUCGGUGUACUGUGUGACUUUUGAUCGAACUGGCAGGCGGAUAUUUACUGGUUCUGAUGAUUGUCUUGUGAAAAUCUGGGCCACAGACGAUGGAAGAUUGCUAGCUACUCUAAGAGGACAUGCUGCUGAAAUAUCAGACAUGGCUGUAAACUAUGAGAAUACUAUGAUAGCAGCUGGAAGUUGUGAUAAAAUGAUUCGUGUCUGGUGUCUUCGAACUUGUGCACCUUUGGCUGUUCUUCAGGGACACAGUGCAUCCAUUACAUCACUACAGUUCUCACCAUUGUGCAGUGGCUCAAAGAGAUACCUGUCUUCUACUGGGGCAGAUGGCACUAUUUGCUUUUGGCUUUGGGAUGCUGGAACCCUUAAAAUAAAUCCAAGACCUACAAAAUUUACAGAGCGCCCUCGGCCUGGAGUUCAGAUGAUCUGUUCUUCAUUCAGUGCUGGUGGAAUGUUUUUGGCCACUGGAAGCACUGACCAUAUUAUCAGAGUUUAUUUUUUUGGAUCAGGUCAACCAGAGAAAAUAUCAGAAUUAGAGUUUCAUACUGACAAAGUUGACAGUAUCCAGUUUUCCAACACUAGUAACAGGUUUGUAAGUGGUAGUCGUGAUGGGACAGCACGAAUUUGGCAAUUUAAACGAAGAGAAUGGAAAAGCAUUUUGUUAGAUAUGUCAACUCGUCCAGCAGGCCAAAAUCUUCAAGGGAUAGAAGAUAAAAUCACAAAAAUGAAAGUGACUAUGGUAGCUUGGGAUCGACAUGACAACACAGUUAUAACUGCAGUUAAUAACAUGACUCUGAAAGUCUGGAAUUCUUAUACUGGUCAACUGAUUCAUGUCCUAAUGGGCCAUGAAGAUGAAGUGUUUGUUCUUGAGCCACACCCAUUCGACCCUCGAGUUCUCUUUUCUGCUGGUCACGAUGGAAAUGUGAUAGUGUGGGAUCUAGCAAGAGGAGUCAAAGUUCGCUCUUAUUUCAACAUGAUUGAAGGGCAAGGACAUGGUGCAGUGUUUGACUGCAAAUGCUCCCCUGAUGGCCAGCACUUCGCGUGCACAGACUCCCAUGGACAUCUUUUAAUUUUUGGUUUUGGGUCCAGUAGCAAAUACGACAAGAUAGCAGAUCAGAUGUUUUUUCAUAGUGAUUAUCGGCCCCUUAUCCGUGAUGCCAACAAUUUUGUAUUAGAUGAGCAGACUCAGCAGGCACCUCAUCUCAUGCCUCCCCCUUUUUUGGUUGAUGUUGACGGAAAUCCUCAUCCAUCAAGAUACCAGAGAUUAGUUCCUGGUCGUGAAAAUUGCAGGGAAGAGCAGCUCAUCCCACAGAUGGGAGUAACUUCUUCAGGAUUGAACCAGGUGUUAAGCCAGCAAGCACACCAGGAUAUUAGUCCUCUAGACAGCAUGAUUCAAAGACUACAGCAGGAGCAAGACCUGAGGCGUUCAGGUGAAGCAGGUGUCAGUAAUACCAGCCGUUUAAACAGAGGGUCUGUAAGUUCUACCUCUGAAGUUCAUUCACCCCCAAAUGUAGGAUUGAGGCGCAGUGGGCAAAUUGAAGGUGUGCGGCAGAUGCACAGCAAUGCUCCAAGAAGUGAAAUAGCCACAGAGCGAGAUCUUGUUGCUUGGAGUCGGAGGGUAGUGGUGCCUGAGCUCUCUGCUGGUGUAGCUAGUAGACAAGAAGAAUGGAGAACUGCAAAGGGAGAAGAAGAAAUAAAGAGUUACAGGUCAGAAGAGAAAAGGAAACACUUAGCUGUCGCAAAAGAGAAUAAAAUACUUAAUGUCUCAAAGAAUCAUACUCAUGAACAUUUCCUGGAUCUUGGAGAAUCCAAAAAGCAACAGGCAAAUCAACACAGUUACCGUACAAGAUCUGCCCUGGAAGAAACACCGAGGCCCCUAGAAGAGAUAGAAAAUGGGACUAGUUCUUCAGAUGAGGGUGAGGUAGUUGCUGUCAGCGGUGGGACGUCUGAAGAAGACGAGCGGGCAUGGCACAGUGAUGGCAGUUCCAGUGACUACUCUAGUGAUUAUUCUGAUUGGACAGCAGAUGCCGGAAUUAAUUUGCAGCCACCAAAGAAAAUUCCUAAGCAUAAAGCAAAGAAAGCAGAAAGUAGUUCAGAUGAAGAAGAGGAAUCUGAAAAUCAGAAGCAAAAACAUACUAAAAAGGAAAGAAAAAAGGCAAAUGAAGAAAAAGAUGGACCAAUAUCACCAAAGAAAAAAAAGCCCAAAGAAAGAAAACAAAAGAGACUGGCUGUUGGAGAGCUAACUGAAAAUGGUCUUACAUUAGAAGAAUGGCUGCCUUCAACAUGGAUUACAGACACAAUUCCCAGACGAUGUCCAUUUGUACCACAGAUGGGUGAUGAGGUUUAUUAUUUUCGACAAGGACAUGAAGCAUAUGUUGAAAUGGCCCGGAAAAAUAAAAUUUAUAGUAUCAAUCCUAAAAAACAGCCAUGGCAUAAAAUGGAGCUAAGGGAACAAGAACUGAUGAAGAUCGUGGGAAUAAAGUAUGAAGUGGGAUUGCCUACCCUUUGCUGCCUUAAACUUGCUUUUCUAGACCCUGAUACUGGUAAACUCACCGGUGGAUCAUUUACCAUGAAGUACCAUGAUAUGCCUGAUGUCAUAGAUUUCCUAGUCUUAAGACAACAAUUUGAUGAUGCAAAAUAUAGACGGUGGAAUAUAGGUGACCGCUUUAGAUCAGUCAUAGAUGAUGCCUGGUGGUUUGGAACAAUUGAAAGUCAAGAGCCUCUUCAACCUGAGUACCCUGAUAGUUUGUUUCAGUGUUACAAUGUUUGCUGGGACAAUGGCGAUACAGAAAAGAUGAGUCCUUGGGAUAUGGAACUAAUACCUAAUAAUGCUGUGUUUCCAGAAGAACUCGGUACCAGUGUUCCUUUAACUGAAAUUGAAUGUAGGUCACUAAUCUAUAAACCUCUUGAUGGAGAGUGGGGAGCCAAUCCCAGAGAUGAAGAAUGUGAAAGAAUUGUGGGAGGAAUAAAUCAGCUGAUGACACUCGAUAUUGCUUCAGCAUUUGUGGCCCCUGUGGAUCUGCAAGCAUAUCCCAUGUAUUGCACUGUGGUGGCAUAUCCAACGGAUCUAAGUACAAUUAAACAAAGACUGGAAAACAGGUUUUACAGGCGUUUUUCAUCCCUAAUGUGGGAAGUUCGAUAUAUAGAACAUAAUACACGAACAUUCAAUGAGCCAGGAAGCCCAAUUGUGAAGUCGGCUAAAUUUGUGACUGAUCUUCUUCUACAUUUUAUAAAGGAUCAGACUUGUUAUAACAUAAUUCCACUUUACAACUCAAUGAAGAAGAAAGUUCUGUCUGACUCUGAGGAAGAAGAGAAAGAUGCUGAUGUACCAGGAACAUCUACCCGAAAAAGGAAGGAUCAUCAACCUAGAAGAAGGUUACGCAACAGAGCUCAGUCUUACGAUAUUCAAGCAUGGAAGAAACAGUGUCAAGAAUUACUAAAUCUGAUAUUUCAAUGUGAAGAUUCAGAGCCUUUUCGACAGCCAGUAGAUCUUCUUGAGUAUCCAGACUACAGAGACAUCAUUGACACUCCAAUGGACUUUGCUACUGUCAGAGAGACUUUAGAGGCUGGGAACUAUGAGUCACCAAUGGAGCUGUGUAAAGAUGUCAGGCUCAUUUUUAGUAAUUCCAAAGCAUAUACACCAAGCAAAAGAUCAAGGAUUUACAGCAUGAGUUUACGCCUGUCUGCUUUCUUUGAAGAACAUAUUAGUUCAGUUUUGUCAGAUUAUAAAUCUGCCCUUCGUUUUCAUAAAAGAAAUACCAUAACCAAAAGGAGGAAGAAGCGAAACAGAAGCAGCUCCCUUUCCAGCAGUGCUGCAUCAAGCCCUGAAAGGAAAAGACGGACCUUAAAACCCCAGCUGAAGUCAGAAACAUCUACCUCUCCAUUUUCUAUACCUACACGAUCAGCACUGCCCAGGCAUAAUGCUGCUCAGAUGAAUGGUAAACCAGAAUCCAAUUCAGUGGUUCGAACCCGGAGCAACCGAGUAGCUGUGGAUCCAGUUAUAACUGAGCAGCCAUCUACAUCAUCAGCCACAAAAGCUUUUACUUCAAAAACUAAUACAUCUGCCAUGCCAGGAAAAACAAUACUAGAAAACUCUGUGAAGCAUUCCAAAGCCCUGAGUAUGCUUUCAGGCUCUGAUCAACCCACAUUUGGCCAUGGUACAAGGAAUAAUUCUGCAAAAGAAAACAUGGAAAAGGAAAAGCCUGUCAAACGUAAAAUGAAGUCUUCUGUCCUCCCAAAAGUACCCACACUUCCCAAGUCACCAGGUAUCAUUGACCCAGGAGACUGUAAGAACAAUGCUAUUAUACCAGGAACCAUUCAAGUAAAUGGCCAUGGAGGACAGCCGUCAAAACUUGUGAAGAGAGGACCUGGGAGGAAACCUAAGGUAGAAGUUAACUCCAGUAGUGGAGAAGUUACACACAAGAAAAGAGGUAGAAAGCCCAAGAAACUUCAGUGUGCAAAGCAAGAAAACUCUGAGCAGAAUGACGUGCAUCCUGUCAGGGGUGACACAGUUCCUUCUUCAACAUGCAACUUUCUUUCUGAAACAAACGUUGUUAAGGAGGAUUUUUUACAGAAAAAGAGUCGUGGAGGCAGAAAACCCAAAAGGAAGAUGAAAAUGCAAAACCUAGAUUCAGAACUCAUAGUUCCUACAAAUGUUAAAGUGUUAAGGAGAAGUAACCGGAAAAAAACAGAUGAUCCUAUAGAUGAGGAAGAGGAGUUUGAAGAACUCAAAGGCUCUGAACCUCACAUGAGAACUAGAAACCAAGGUCGAAGGACAGCUUUCUAUAACGAGGAUGACUCAGAAGAGGAGCAGAGGCAGCUCUUGUUCGAAGACACCUCUUUAACUUUUGGGACUUCUAGUAGAGGACGAGUCCGAAAAUUGACUGAAAAAGCAAAGGCUAACUUAAUUGGUUGGUAACUUGAAACAAAAUAUUGUACUCAAAAUCUAUAAAGCAGGUACAGUUAAGGAGUACGUAGAACUACAGUUUCUGCUUCCUGGCUGCUAUGAUGGAUUAGGGAAUGUUAGGAUUUGACUUGUGGGGGUGCGGGGAAGGAAAAACAAACACACAAAUUUAGAAGAUAAUUUACUUCUUUGAAUGGAAAAAAAUCUAUAUACAUAUAUAUUUCAAAUGUUUGCUAUUUAUUGCCCUUAGGUAGGUUAUUUGUUUCCACAUUCAUUUCACCCACUAUUUUAAAUUGAAGACUUGUUACAAAUUCCCGAUUUAUUUAUGGAAGAAAAUCUCUGCUACACUCUAAAGAAGCAUAGUAUUCCUAAUGAUAGAAUGUUUCCUGUUAAAUUGAGUUAUUUUUGACCAAGUAAGGUACAUUUUUACUGAUAACAGAAGUCAUGCCCCUAGGAAGAAAGAUGUGACACAGAGUAGCAGUACAUUAAGAAGCGUUUCCUCUAAAGGUAAUUCUAUAAAGUUCCCACCGUUAGUUAUCCUGGAAAGUGUUGUUAGUUGUACUGUGUUCAACUGCAGAAGAUCUAGAGGAAGCUUUUGUUUAACUUCAUUUCUGCCAAACUUAGGAGAAAAUGUAUUGAUACAAAGGAAACAUAUCCACAUUGGAAAACCUUUGACUGUCUAAUUUUUCAGACCUUGAUUCUUGUAUCAGUCACUCUGUCUCUGUUUAUUGUGCCAAAGACUGAGAAUCAGUGCAGUGAACAGCCUCCUGUUCUUGACUGUCAGGACAUCAUACACUUUUCAAUACUGGGAAAGCUAUAUAUUCUAAAGAGCAAGUUAUUACAGAAUUAUGCUGAGUUGUAUCUUUUUUUGGAACUAAGAGUAGGAAAAUAAUGCACUGGUGGGUCCUUUGACAGAGAUAUCUUAGAGAAAAUGUUUUAAAUGGUUAAAGGAUUCAAGGAAAAUAGAGAAAAAAGUAUGGAAUUUGAUGUUUACUUGAUCUGGAUUAAUGUCAUUUUUUAAACUUCAGACAUAUCCAAUAGGCUAAAAUGACUUAAAAAGAACCAUGUCUGUGUGUGCGUGUGUAUUAAUAAAUGGGUGUCAUUGAAUAUAUAUACAAACGCAUACUUAAGUACUAUUACCCAGGUAUAAAUUCUUUUUUCAGGAUUUUUUUAGGUAGUAGUAGAAUAAAAAUAAUUUUAAAAUGUCAUACUUUAUAGUUUAAUUUUAAGGAAAAGAUUGGUUAUUUUCAAUUAUUAAAAGUUAAAAAUAGGCCAAAUCACUUUUUAUGCAAUCAUGUUUUAUACAGUGGUCUCAUUGCACAUUGUGUUCUUUCUGCACUUUUUAUGGUAUCCUUAUCACGCUCAAUAUACACUCUAAAGAGAAACUCCAUUUAAUGAUUGUGCCUUGUAUUCUAUUAUUUUUUGCAUCAUUAGUAAAAUUAAGUUGUCUAUUGUAAAUGAUAACUAUAUGACUUAGGAGAAUGUAUUACUAUAUGUACUGCUAUGGGAAAGGAAAGCAGUUAUUUAUUUGUUUAUGGUACAUUAGUUAUUUUAUACCUUGAAAACCAACAUAAAUGCCAUUUCUAUUGUUUAAAAUUACUUUUUUCUUACGUUUUAAGAAUGUAGUAUUUUCUGAGGACUAAUAUGGUACAAAAAUGUAUCCAAAUUUUUCAGAUACUACAUUUUUAAAAAGGAAGGAUGGGGAAUAUAUUUAUCAGCAUGACCCUAAUGUAGAGAAUAAAGUCUUUAAUUGAAUCUUGGCAAAAUAUGUAAUUAGAUUAUAUAAUUAUUUCCUUGUUUCCAAUAAGGAUAAAUGUUAACUGUCAUUUAGCUGUCUUGAAGAAGAAUGAAAAGUGAUGCAUUUGGGCUUUUUAGAUCAUUUGUACCGAAAUUUGUACAGAAACUCUCCAAUGACACUAAGUGAA